CCUCAUUACGGUACAAAAUAAAAUUUCAAAUGUAUACAUUUUGUGUCGACAUUUAAUAUUUGUAUUUUUGUUUAAAAGAAAUUGGGUGACUUUCUGCUAUUCAUUCCGAAUGGUAACCUGGAGACAAAACCCAGUUCGCAAGCCCAUAAAACUACAGCCAUAGUAACCGUCAAGUGUGUUCAACAACAAGGAAAGCGAACACUGUUCGAAUGGUCAUUUGCAUUUUUAGAGGUGACUAAAGUAUUUGAACUUUAGUACAGCUCGCUCUGCGUUCGAUGGAUUCAUAUUUAUGAGGUUGGCAGAUAAUUAACGCCCGUUCAUACGAUGGAUGGUCUUGGUCAGACAAAUGGUGUUCAGGCCGAGCUGGACUGUGUGGAGGCCGAGCUGGAGCUUGUGGAGCUUCAGAUAGCAGAGCUCCAUGAAAAGAAAACAGAGUUGAGUUCCCGCAAGAAUGCGCUGCUGUGCAAGCUGGAGGAGGCCUGUGUUGCUGCAUCUGCAUCAUCUUCAUCAAGCCAGUCUUCCAGAGGUGGCUCUGAACUGAGCAAAGAUGAAAUGCAGCACUAUGAUGGCACAGAUUUUCCGUGGUCCAAAGAUGUGAAUCACCACCUGAAGGAUUCGUUUCACAUUUCCAAGUUCAGACCCCUGCAGCUGACGGCCAUCAAUCUGACAAUGUCUGCAAAAGAUCUAUUUUUGGUCAUGCCCACCGGCAGAGGGAAAAGCCUCUGCUAUCAGCUACCUGCAAUCUGUUCCGACGGUUUUACAUUGGUUGUGACUCCCCUGGUGUCGCUGAUGGAGGAUCAGAUCAUGUACCUGAAGUCCAUCGACGUGGCGGCUGAAAUGCUCAAUGCUUCUAGUAGCAAGAAUCAAUCAAAGUCAGUUUUAGCCGGCAUGAUCGACAGGAAUCCCCCAUUCAAGCUCCUGUACGUGACUCCGGAGAAAAUCGCCAAAAGCAAGAUGUUCAUGUCCCGCCUGGAGAAAGCCUACAAGGCGAAUCUUCUGAGUCGCAUCGCCGUCGACGAGGUGCACUGCUGCAGCCAGUGGGGGCAUGACUUCAGACCAGAUUAUAAACUCUUGGGCAUCCUGAAGAGGCAGUUUCCGACGGUGCCGAUGAUUGGGCUCACGGCCACGGCAACCAGCGGCAUCCUCAAGGACUGCGAAAAGAUCCUGUGCUUGCAAAAGCCAAUCUCGCUCACCACCUCGUUCAACCGCAGCAAUCUCUAUUAUGAGGUACGCGCGAAAGCUUCUUGCAACGUGUUGAUCGACGACAUUGCCUCACUGAUAAAGGGCCGUUACAAGGACCAAUCAGGGAUCGUGUACGUAUUCUCUCAGAAGGACGCCGAGUCCGUGUCCUAUGAACUCCAGCAGAGGGGCAUCGUGACCGCCCCCUACCAUGCCAACUUGAACCCAGACGAUAAGUCUUGCACUCAUCGCAAGUGGACGGCCGGCGAAAUCCAGGUGGUGGUGGCCACGGUGGCAUUUGGCAUGGGAAUAGACAAGCCCGAUGUCCGCUUUGUCAUCCAUCACACCAUCAGCAAGUCCGUUGAAAACUACUACCAGGAGAGCGGACGGGCGGGUCGGGACGAUCUUCCGGCCGACUGCAUCGUCUACUUUGGCUUCGCCGACAUCUUCCGCAUCAGCACCAUGGUCGUCAUGGAGAACGUGGGUCAACAGAAGCUGAAUCAGAUGGUGGCUUACUGCCAGAACGUCGACAGGUGUCGCCGCUCUCUCCUGGCAGUUCAUUUCGAUGAAGUGUGGGACCAAAAACUCUGCGACCAGAUGUGCGAUACGUGCCGCAGCGAAACAGACAUCAUCACCGUGGACAUUACCGAACAUGCCCGUCAAGUGGUGGAGAUUUUGGAGCUCGCGGCAUCCGCGAAUGAGAAGCUAACUCCGCUCAAGUUGGUGGAGGCCUGGAUGGGGAAGGGCCCCGCCAAGCACAGGAAAUCAACGGAGACCACCACGCUGUCCCGCCGGCAGGCCGAGGAUGUGAUUGUCCACCUGCUGCUCCAAGGAUACCUCAGAGAGGAUUUCAGUUUCACCCCGUACACCACCCACUUCUACCUAAUGCUGGGCCGCAAGGCUCCGCUGCUGAAGAGCCAAACUCACACGCUGAGCAUGAAGAUGCGGUCGGCAUAUUCUCAGUCGUCGGCGGACGUGGCCCCACCCAGCGAGGAGAUCACUGAUGCGGUCUUUCACUCCUUUGUCAAGGAAAACAGCCAAUCGAAACCGAAAGAAUUUCAAGCACCCAAGCACCCGCCGAGGAACCCAAACGUGAACCGGGCCGAUGAGACGGACAAUCGCACUCGACGUGCAGUCGAAGUGAACGUUGAGAUCAAAACCCCAGCGAAACGUAAAUCCGCCACUCCGCAAAGAGCGAGAAAAAAGCCCCACGCAAAUGUCACGCCGCCGCUCGUUCCAUCUCCGUUCAUCGUCGACGACCCGCCGGCCCGCACGGUCCCCGGCUCUCCCUCCCAGGCGUCUUUCAUUUCCGAAACUGCGGCCGAGGAGCUCUGCGACCUGCGCAAUUACUACAGGAACCAACUUCGGAGAAUAAACUACAUCUCGCAGGAGUAUCUGGGGCAGCCCGACGAGUCAGGACUGCUGGCGUGUAUCCGGCAACCUUUGAAGUCCCUGCGGCUGCCCCGCAGAACGGCCAUCACCCAGACGGCUCGUAGCUUGUGGACGCGGGUCAGCGGCCGCAGGAAGCUGCUCCGCCGGUGACCGUUGGGGUUUCUCUUGUGGUUAAAACUGUGCUUUGCCGCUCCGUUGCCGGCGUUUCAAUAAAUAUCUGAUUUUGCUAUGCCGCCGUCCUCCUGUCGAAUGGAUUUUUCAAGCCCGGGGUCUCACACGCAGCUCCAGUCCCCCCCCCCUCCCUCACCACCGCCGCUCUUUUCACGGGACUGACCUCUGGCCAUGCUCAUCUCAAGACAGUCUAAAGCGAUUAUUCGCAUCGCUGUCGUUUCAAGUAUGGGAGACAUCCGCGACCGCGUGCCACGUGAAGCGCAUCCGUCGACGGCGGGGAGAGAGUGAUAUUCAUUUCAAAAGGAUGCCAGAGCGAUAGAAGAAGCAGCCAGAAGAUAGAGGGAAAAAAAAAAAGCAGGCAGAUGCCAGGUAGUCUUUGCAUUAUUCAUAUCAGCACACGCCACGUUAUGGUUUCAAUAAUA